AUCCCAGCAUUCCAUCUUUCAUCCUGCAGCAGCCCUGCACUCCUUUAGCAACACUGCACCAUCCAUCCUUUCCAUCCAUUUUAUUCUCGUCUACUCCACCAAUCAACCGAUCAGCCGUGACAUCUUUUCUUCAUCUUGACUUGUCAUUCUGGUCUCACGGGAUCCCGCUCCACCCUGCCUAAUCUGCGCAGUUUAAAGCCUGUCGCGCUCUUCUGUCUGCAGCAUCUCCAUGAGCAGCCACCAUGCUGAAGAAGGUGUCGCAACGUAACCGCUCCCUGCUAUCGCUCUUCCUCACCUCGGUGGCGCUCAUGCUGUCAGUCUCAGCUUUCUGUACCUCCUACUGGUGCGAGGGGAUGCACAAGGUGGUGAAGCCUCUCUGCCUGUCACCGGUCAAGAUGAAGAACUGCGGCCAAAACAACAGUUACCCGUUUACAUACGAGACUCCCACUGUGGACACCAGGAGCCACGUCCCCAACACGACAUUGUCUUCCCUGCAGAAGGAGCAGCUGGCCUUGCUGCAGAAGGUGCAGCUGGCCAACGCCGUGCACUACAUCUGGGAGACGGGCGAGGACAAGUACAUGCUGCGUUACUUUCACACGGGCUUCUGGCUCUCCUGUGAGAAGCACAAUGAAGGCAAAGAUCAAGAAGAAAAGUGUCGCAGUUUCAUUGAGCUUACACCUGGAGAGACACAAGGCGUCCUCUGGCUGUCUGUCAUCAGUGAGUUCUUGUACAUCGGACUCCUUGGAAUGGGCUUCCUGCUGAUGUGUGUGGAAGUGAUUUGCCUUUGUGCCAAGAGGGAGAUGAACGCUCUCAAGAUCAACGCCUUUGCCGCCAUGUGCACCGUCCUCUCAGGAUUGAUGGGAAUGGUCGCGCACAUGAUGUACUCCACAGUGUUUCAGAUGACUGUCAGCAUCGGGCCGAAAGACUGGAGGCCGCAAACCUGGGACUAUGGAUGGUCCUUCGCGUUAGCGUGGCUCUCCUUUAGCUGCUGCAUGGCGGCUGCCGUGGCUACGCUCAAUUCCUACACCAAGACCAUCAUUGAGAUGAAGCAUCGCGCUCGUGUAAGGCUGGACGAGGCACGUGCUGCUGUCUGCGCCCCCUCCUACGAGGAAGUCGUACGGAGUGGUGGUGGUGCUGGAGUUUAUUCUGUCAGCCAGUUGAUUCAGCUGGGCCAGCAGGGGGUGCUCAUGAACCCCCUGUGGCCCAGAGGAGUGGGGCCCGCGGUUGCACCUCUGCCUUGUGGCACUGGGGGGACAAUUGGAGGGAUGGGAGGAGCUGAAGUGGGAGGCUUGGGGGUGGGAGUAGUGGGAGGAGUUGAAGGUAUAGAAGUGGAAAAAAUGGGAGCACUGGGAGAAGUUACCAAUGGUGGGGGAAGAUUGGUGGACCCUCAUGGCGUGGUGAUUGUGGAGGGAUGUGAAGAAUGUGAGAGAGAACUGGACCAGAUAGACUGCACUCUACAGGAAGAUAGAGAGGACUCAGUCUGCUGA